UCCCCUUCCCAUUCCAAUCCCAUCCCAUCCCAUCUUCAUUCUAUUCACACAAACAGUCAUGUCUCACGAGUACGACGAGAAAAAGGAGGGCUUCAGCCACGAAAUCGCCCCCGCCGUCACCCGUGGCGAGUACGAUGGCGAGGAGGUCGUCCCCAAGGAGGGUCUCCAGAGAAAUCUCAAGGCGAGACAUAUGGCCAUGAUCAGUAUCGGUGGAGUCAUCGGUACAGGUCUGUUCUUGGGAACCGGUUCCGCUCUCGCCCAUGGUGGCCCCCUCGGUCUGUUCAUGGGAUACGCGCUCAUGGGAAGUAUCUGUCUCUGUGUCAUGCUCUGUCUCGGUGAAAUGAUCUCCUACCUGCCCGUCCCCGGUGGCCAUAUAACACUCGCUGCGCGAUUUGUCGACCCUGCUUUGGGUAUGUCGUACCCUGCAGUUCCCGUGCUCUGCUGAUUUUUCUUUCUUUUCAGCUUUCACCAUGGGCUGGAACUAUUGGUACAACUGGGUCAUCAUUCUGCCUGCCGAGUUGUCUGCCGCUGCCGUCCUCAUCAACCUCUGGAAUGCUACCAUCAACAACGCUCUUUGGAUUUCGAUCUGCCUUAUCGUCGUCGUCGUCAUCAAUCUCUUCGGAGUAGCUGCGUAUGGAGAGGCCGAGUUUUGGUUCUCCUCAAUCAAGGUUCUCACCAUCGUCGGUCUCAUCAUCCUCGGUAUCAUCAUCACUGCGGGCGGUGGGCCUGAUCACAAUAGCAUCGGGUUCGAGUACUGGCGCAACCCCGGACCGCUCGUCCACUACGAAGGCAUCAAAGGCAGCCUCGGAAACUUCCUUGGCUUCUGGGCGGUUUUAACGCAGGCUGCCUUCUCUUACAUUGGUACCGAGAUCGUCGCCAUCGCUGCCGCCGAAGCCAAGAACCCCCGACGAAAUCUUCCCCGAGCCAUCAAGCGAGUCUACGUCCGUAUCUUGGUCUUCUACCUUGGCGGUACAUUCAUCAUCGGUCUCAUUUGCCCCUCCAACGAGGACGGUCUCAGUCUCAACUCUGGUAACGCCCUCGCGUCUCCUUUCGUCAUUGCCAUCAAGAAGGCUGGUAUCCCCGCUCUCCCUUCCAUCAUCAACGCCUGUCUUUUGACUUCUGCCUGGUCUGCCGCCUCCUCUGAUCUCUACACGUCGUCUCGAGCUCUUUACGGCCUUGCUCUCUCCGGCAACGCUCCCAAGAUCUUUGCUAGGACUACUCGCAGGGGUUUGCCUUACAUCAGUCUGGCGCUCUGUGCCGCUUUCGGUCUUCUCGCCUUCAUGUCUCUCCAGUCCACCGCUGGUAAAGUCUUUGGAUACUUUAGCAACCUUACAGCGGCUGCGGGUCUCAUGACCUGGUGGGGUAUCUGCUUCAUCUACAUCCGAUUCGAAAAGGGUCUCCGAGCCCAGGGUAUCGCCCGAUCCUCUCUCCCCUACGCUUCCCGACUCAACGUCCGAGCUUCUGCCGCCUAUUACGCCAUCACGAUGAUCACCAUCAUCCUCUUCUUCAGCGGCUGGAGCGUCUUCCUGAAAGACAACUGGGACACUGCUACUUUCGUCACCAACUACCUCCCUAUCUGGCUCUUCCCCAUCCUUUGGAUCGGCUACAAGCUCAUCAAAAAGACCCACUUUGUCCGCGCGUCCGAGAUGGACUUCCUCACUGGCCUUGCCGAGAUCGAGGCUGAGUGCUACGAAGAGGCGCCUCCCAAGAACUGGGUCGAAAAGGUGUGGAGUUCGAUCAUGUAAAAAAUCAACGUUGUAAUUUGAUGGAUUCUAUCUUCUUUUGGGGGUUUUAAAGGUCGUUGUCAAAAUUACUAUUCUAUGAUUUAGGUAUACUAGGUAUACGCAUUGGUUGUUAGUUGUCUACUGUAAUCGUUGUCUAUAUGCAUUGCAUUAUUCUGCUC